AUGAAUACUCCAAAAGAUGCAAAUGGAGGAAACAAUAUCCCAUUUGAUAAUUUAGUUCAUAUUGCAAGUAAUAUGUCAAGUGAAUUCAAUCAACAAUCAAAUCAAAAUGCAUCAUUAAAUCAACUACAACAACCUCAAUCUCAAUCGCAAUCUCAAUCUCCAAUACUUCCUCAACCACUAUCAUAUCAGUCACAUUACAAUGUUCCAAAUUCAACCUCCUCACUUUCCAAUCAAGAUUCUUCCUUCAACAACAACAACUUGAAAAAACAUUUUAGUCCCGAAUUACAAUCAGCAUCUUCAACACCACCAACAACCACUAGCCAACAACAACAACAAACCGAUUCCAAAACCAAGAUUAAACGUAUGGCAUGUGUAGAAUGCAGACAACAAAAGUCUAGAUGUGACGCAUAUGAAAAACAACCAAAUCCAUGUACAAGAUGUGCUAAAAAGGGUUUACAAUGUGAUUUAAAAUCUGAUUAUAAAAGAACAUACAAAAGAGCAAGAAUAGCACAGAUUGAAAAAGAAUUUAUGGAGUUGAAAAAGACACUAAACACUGCUCAAGCUGCUGAAUUAUUAUCCAAAUUUCCAUCGUUAGGUGAAUCUCAAAAUGAUCAAGAUGAUUUAAUUGAGGCUACUUCAAAUGGCCAGUCAGCACCUUCACUAAACAAUUCAUCAGUUCAGCAAACUCUACAGGGCAAAAGACCAAUUAUUAAACAAGAAUUUACAGAUCCAUUAACAAACAAUUUAAAAGUCAAAACACCACUCAUAAAAACAAUAUCAACAACAUCGACAACUGAAGAUUUUAACAUAUCAGAUGAAUUACUCCAAUGUGAAGAAAAAUCAGUUGAAGAAAUCACAGUAUCGCCAAACACAAUAAAAGAAUUAUUUAAAGAAUAUAUUUUGCGAUAUCACCCAAUAUUACCAGUAGUUGAUGUAUCAAAAGGACCAGAAAGAAUUUAUAAACUAUGUCCACCAUUAUUCUGGGUCAUUAUAUUUGUAUCAUUAAGAAGAUUUAAAGAAGAUUAUUCAAAAACUUUAUUAUUAAAAUUAUCACCUAUUGUCAAAGGAAUAUUAGCUGAAAUUAUGAUAUCUCCAAUAACAAGAUAUAACCCCACGGAAGAAGAUGAACCAAUAUAUAAUGUUAGUUCAGUUUAUUCAGUUCAAGCUUUCUUACUAUAUUCAUAUUGGCCACCAAUUACUUCAUCAUUAAGUGCUGACUCAUCAUAUAAUACAGUCAACACCGGGUUUUUCCAAGCUAUCAGAAUUGGAUUACAUGCACCUUCAUCAUUUGUUUCAGGAGUCCCCACAUCAACAACAAAUCCAAAACAAUUGGGUAUAUUACAAGAACAAAUCAAGACUUGGAUUGCAUCAAAUGUUGCGUCUCAAUUUAUAGCUACUGCAUUUGGAUUCCCGGCGUGUGUUCAAUUAGAUUCAUCAAUAUGGUUUUAUAAUCAACAAACUAGUGGUGAUCUCAAAAUCCCACAGAAUUUAAAAUCAAUGUUAGAAAUAGCUCAGUUCGAAGAUCAAAUGGCCAAAGCCCUAAAUUCAAAUCCUAUUGAUCCAUGUGGAUUAAUCGAAGCACAAGAAAAAUUACCUUUGUUGAAACUAUUCGCUAAAAAGUUGGAAAAUCUAGAGAUAUCCAUUGGUGAACCAUCGAUUAAUAAUUCAUCAAAAUUUAGAAUAUUUGAAUUAUUAACUUCAAGAGUUCAUUUAUUUAGUUAUUAUUUUAUUGAUUCUUUUAAAAUGUCAAGUUUUGAAUUGCAAAAGGGGUUGAUAAAGUUGUACAAUUCAGCAGUUUCAUUAAUCAAAUAUACUAAAGAUUGUCAAACUUUUGACAAAAAAUUUAUAAAAUAUUUACCUGGUGUUUAUUUAUUAAACCUUUGGCAAGCUGCAUGUAUAAUUGGUAAAUUAAUUCAUUCACCAUUAAAAAAGUUCAUUGAUAUUACUUUGGGAAAAUCAUGUUAUGAAGCAGUUGUUGAAUUAAAUGCUAAAGCAUCAAUUUUAAAACAUGAUAUGGCUUUUAGAUCAAGUGGUAUAACGAGGAAUAUGUGGCUGCUUUUCAGAAAUUUGGAUAAUAAUGAUACAAAUGCUUUGAGUAUUAGUAUAAGAAAUAGAAUGUCAGCUUCAGUGUUUUUUGACUGUUUGAAUCUUGUUAGAGAAAAAGCAGGUAUUUCUAAAUUAAAUGCGAACAUUGUUAAGGAAACAAAUAAUGUUGUUGAAGAAGAAGAAGAUGAGGAAGAAGAUGAAAAUAACCAAUCUAUAGCUCACUCCGAAGAAGAAAAACAAAACGAAGAAGAUGAUGAUCAUGAAAAUGCAAUUUUGGACGAAGAAGAUAAGGAUCAAGUAUCACAAAUAAAUGAUCCAAAAUCAACUGAAUUCAUGAAUACACGAAAACUGAAAACUAAAAGAUCUUUAUCCAAUACAGUUGAUGCAGAACAAAAAGCAAGACAAAUUAUAAGAACAAUUCCUUUGGAUCCAGAACCAAUUUCAGCAGGUAAUUCUAAAAGAAGCUCAAUAUUUAAAGUUGUUAAUUCAUCUUCUGAAUCUUCACCAAUGACUAAAAGUGAUACUAAUAACUCACCAACCAUUAAUAAGAAUCCUCAACAACAACAACUUACACCAGUUAUUAACAAUGUGUUACCUCAAAGAUUUGGAGGUGAAAAACAAUCGGUAACUGCUAGUCCACAAAUGUUUCAACCACAACAGAAUAUCAACAAUGUCAAUGAGGUUAAUAAUAACAAUAUUCCAUACUACCCACCAGGAACAAACCACUUCAAUGAACAAUUACAAUACACACCAACAUAUCAGCAACCACAACAAAUCCCACAACAACAUCAACAACAUCAACAACAUCAAUUAGCCGCACAACAACAAUUCGAAUAUAAUCCCAUGCAACAACAACAACCUCAACAGCAACAACAUCAACAUCAAAGCACGUCUUCAAAUUUUUCAUUUAAUGAAUCACCAGCUGGUCAACUGGGUUUAGAAAGUUUAGAUUUAGAUCGAUUUGAUGGUGAAUUAUUAUGGAGAGAUGUUGAUAGUGUUAUGAAUGAUUUUGGAUUUCAUCUUAAUUAA